AUGUGGCAUCGCUUUGGUUUGCGCAGAUGGCUGGGCCGUGAUGAUCGGGACUCUACCUCUCAGUCCACUGCGGGGGGCGCUUCUUUCCCCAGUCAUCACAAAAAUAACGCCAAUGAGUCUAGUAAUGCCAACUCCGGCAACUCCAAACCUCAUGAUAACCUCACUCGCAAACUCUCGAGAAAGGUCGGUGUCGGUCUUCCCAGGUCCACCACGUUUAAGAGGCAGAAUUCCGAGCGUCGUGAUAAUCUAGCACCCCUUGAGCCAGAGCCCCGUCGUGCCGCUUCCGCCGACCGUCCUCGCACACUGAGCGCCCAGCGGACCAGGAGCCGGUCUCCACCGCCCGCCGUCGACCCCAGAUUGUCCGCACCCGAGGUUUCCUGGCACGACCCAGAUGAGACCACGGUUGAAGAGCCCCCGGAAGCGAAUGAGGACAGCGAUCUCCGCUCCGAAUGGGACCCCUAUCCUGGCGUGGCGGAAGCACCCGAGGAGCCGCCCGAAGAUAUACUCGAGAUGGAGCUGGAAAAACGAUGGAUUUUGAAUUUGAGCAUGCACUUCCGAGACCGGUCCGAGCGUGAAAAAUUUUUCGUCACAUAUGCAGAAGCCCCCAAUCGAUGGCGAAGGGUUACCAUCUCUUGCGAUUACCGGGGCGCCCUUCCCGAUUCGCUUGAGCAAGAUCUAAAGGAACUGCGCUACCAACGAGACAAAUGCGCCCGGAUUUAUGAAUCAAUCCGCGAGUCACUUUUCGAAAUCCAAUUCUAUGACACGGUAACGAAUCUGAAAUUGGAAACCCGGGAUGGCCGCUUGCACGUCCAUGUAACCGAAGACGUUAACGAAAUCAUCCCAUAUCCCCCUGUCUCCUGUAUUGGCCACUUGCCAGAGGCUCGACUCAUUCGCGAAGAUCAAUUGCACUUCGAGGCGCACUUGUCGGGAUUUGUGUAUAACGUACGGUUGGAUGGAAAACCUUAUAUUAAAAAGGAGAUCCCCGGGCCCGACACGGUGGAUGAGUUUUUAUAUGAGAUCAACGCGCUUCAUGCAUUGCAAGGCAUCCCGAACGUCGUUCAGGUAGAAGGGGUUGUUGUCGAUUACGACGAAGCAGUAGUCAAGGGUCUGCUCCUCAGCUUUGCUGAGAAAGGAGCAUUAGUCGACAUUCUGUACGAGCACCGAGGGACAAUCUCAUGGGAACGCCGGGAGCGCUGGGCUAGGCAGAUUGUCCGAGGUCUGUGUGAAAUCCACGAAGCUGGCUAUGUGCAGGGUGAUUUUACCUUGUCUAAUAUCGUGGUGGAUGCCAAUGACGAUGCCCAGAUUAUUGAUAUCAAUCGACGGGGCUGCCCCGUGGGGUGGGAGCCCCCCGAGAUUGCCGCGAAGAUUGAAAGCAAUCAGCGUAUUUCCAUGUAUAUCGGAGUCAAGACAGAUAUUUACCAGCUAGGAAUGACGCUAUGGGCGCUGGCAAUGGAAGAAGAUGAGCCCGAACGGCAACCACGCCCGUUACUACUGGGCCCGGACGUGGACAUUCCGGAUUAUUAUCGAAGUCUCGUGGCUGUGUGCUUGAGUUCAAGGCCUCGGGACCGGCUAUCAGCCAAGGAGCUUCUGAGUUUCUUUCCCCGCGAGUCUGCGCUAACGGAGCAGCCGCCUCCCUUGAUGUAUCCGCGACAUGGGAUAGGGCUGUACAAUGGCGCUCUGCCAUUAUAUAAUCACCGAGUCAUUGCGGCUCCAGGAGCAUUUUUAAAUCACCAUGCUGGGCCAGUAGAUAGCACAGGGUUGCAUCUCAGUGUCCCAUUAUCGCCGGACGACGGAUACGCCCAGCAAUGUCUUGAUUCCAAUCCACCACUUACAGGGUUUGAGGAGGAAGAAUUACGAGGCAGGGCAAGGGAAAGACGAGAUAGCAAACCCUUAAUACCCAGCAUUGGAUUGGGGUCACACAGCUUGGGAAACCAUAUAGAUUUAAUGCCAUCUGCCGCUUCAGUAUCGUUUCAGAGGAGUUUGGAGGGCCACCAGCUAGCUCAAGAAAGCGAAGAAAGCGAGUUUGAUCUAGACGCGGGUCUUGAUCCUCACUAUCGGGACCUCUCUUUAAAUCGAGCAGCAAGCUUAUUGCCAUUGGAGGCCGACACUUUAUCUGGGUCACUUGCAGGCAUUGGCAGUCAUCCAGCCUGCUUCUUUAGAUCAAGCUCCGCAAAACAGUUGUCGCCGGACUCUGCGAAUUGCGGAGAAUCCCCUCUGUCUGCGGCGACCCAAUCUACCGAUCCGUAUGCAGGAACUGUGCCAGACUUAGGCCAUGCAAUGAUCCGCGAUCAAGACUGGUCUAGUCAGAUGCCUUCACGCUCGGUGUCCUCCCUCUUACAUUCUAUACUACCUAUCAAUCCUGCCCUUGGCUUGUCAGAACCCAAAAUGAUGGAGGGAAAUCCGGAGCGCUUUUCUCCAUUAACUGUUCGGUCAGCACUAGGAUACCCUCGGCAGGUUCUCCAGAAUACGCCUUACCUGAGCGACUCGCACCUACCCAUAAACCCAGCAUUUACAGACAAAACCCUUAACCCUAUAUGA